AUGGCCUGUUCACCUGCUAUCAUCGAGAAGGCGGAGAGUGUACAGUUUGACCACCAAGCCAUGCUCAACAUCUCCAUCUCCCCCACUCUCAGAUACUCUGGCGUGCACUCCCAGGUGCCAGUGGAGGGAGAGCCUCUGGGUGCGCUGGGGACCCUGGCCAUGGAGUUUGAGUGGCCCCACGAGGUGACCAAUGGGAAGUGGCUUCUCUACCUGACUGAGAUCGUCACCAAAGGAACAACUGAGACACACUGUGUCCCUCCAGGGGACAUCGUCAAUCUGCUCAACCUCACGAUGAGUUACCAGAGGUUGCUGUCCCGUUGGGAGUUGUCCGAGAACAGGAGCAAGCGUCCCAAACGAGGGUUGGAGGAUGAUCAACCUCAUAUCAUCGAGCCGCAGGCAGCCAUUACUGUGCUGACACGUCGCAAAGAAACCUAUCUACUGGAAUGUUCAAAGUGGACGGCCCGCUGUGUGACGUUCACCUGUCCCUUGAUCAAUAUGUCUACCUCUGCCAAGAUCAUUGUGAGGUCACGGGUGUGGAACAGCACUAUGCUAGAGGACUACAACAAUGCUUUGAGGAUCAAGGUUAGAGGUCAGGUCAAACUGAAACUGGUGACGGACAACCCCGCCAUCAAGAUGGAAAGUGAGACCAGAGAGUUCAUAGUGGACAUUGACCCAGUCCUUGAAGAGGAGACACCUUACGAGGUUCCCUUUUGGAUCAUCAUUAUUGCCGCGGUAGCAGGGAUCCUACUGUUAGGAGUCAUCAGUAUCAUACUAUGGAAAUGUGGUUUCUUCAGGAGGGCCAGCAGACCAAGGCCCAGAAGGCUGAGACUUGGCUUCUUCAAGCGGGCCAUCUACUACCAGAUUAUGCCAAAGUACUAUGGAGUGAAAAACCGUAACACGGAGCGCUACAAGUUCAACAUUGGCUUCCAGACGGAGGAUGCAGGCAAAAAGCCCUGGAGCACCAACUGGACAGAGAUGCAACGUUACUACUACUGA